UGCACUGUUUUGAUCAAAAGCUUUUCUUAGUCGUACGCUAAGCUCGAUGACAAGCGGGUGAGAUCCGCCUAGGUUCUUCAGCAGACGACCCAGGCGUUCGCAGGCGAACGCGGGAGUUGCUCAUGGGGCUCACGGACGUCGUAAGCUGGGUUCCAGCCUGGCUCGGCUACUUAAUCGCUUUCAUUCUGCUGAUUUACCUGUAUGGAGUGUGGCCCUACCUCACGUCUCAGAUACGAUUACCGGGCCCAAAACCAACAGUCUUUUUUGGAAACUUGAUAGAAGUCUACAAACAUGGCGUGAUACCAACAGAUAUGAGCAACCUGAAGAAAUAUGGAAGGGUUUAUAUGAGCUGGACUGGCCGAAUCCCAACGAUCUACGUCUCCGAUCCCGAUCUUGUCAAGCAGAUCUGCGUAAAGGAGUUCCAGAAUUUCCCCAAUAGAGCGAUUCAUGCGCCGCUGUCGCCAUUACAACGGUCGAUGAUCACAUCUCUAAAGGACGACCACUGGAAAUUUGUACGCAGUGUAUUAUCUCCAGCCUUCAGCUCUGGAAAAAUGCGAAAGAUGGUCCCCUUGAUCCAGAUUUGCAUAGACAGACUGAUCGAAAACCUUGGCGAUUUGGUUAAAAAGCAACGGAGUAUUGACAUCAAGCCCGUUAUGGAAGGUCUAACCAUGGAGGUGAUAGGCGCUGUGGGAUUUGGCAUCGAAACAAACGUUCAGAACGAUCUGAAUGACCGUUUUCUGAUCAUGGCCAGGCGGGUGUUUCAGGUUAACUCACUCACCAAGAUACCAGUCAUCCUGACCCUGUUCUUUCCGUUCAUGCGUCCUAUAUUUGAGGCCCUGAAUAUGACUGCCGAUUCAGGCGAAGUUAUGGAUUUCUUUGCGAAAAUGGUAAAACAUACAAUACAAGAAAGACGACAACAGCCUUCGCCCCGGAAGGACCUCCUCCAGGUUAUUCUGGACAGCAGUGUGGACGAUCUAAAGGAAACUGUAGCGGAUAGAGAUGUGGAUGUGGACGCCUUGAAGAUGGACGGCGUCAAACGGAAGACUCUCACAGAUAAAGAGGUCAUUGCUCAGUCACUGGUGUUCCUCCUGGCGGGAUUCGAAAGUACGGCUACAGCCGUGUCCCACUUGCUGUACAGCUUAGCCAUCUACCCGGAAUGUCAAGACAAACUGGUCGAAGAAAUUGACGAAGCUCUGAAAGGGGGGGCGCCAACAUACGACAAUGUCAUGAAGUUACCGUACUUGGAGAAGUGCCUGUGCGAGGCACAGCGUUUGUAUCCGGCCAUUCGAGGGAAUUCUCGGAUGUCUCGAGAGGCUAUAACAAUUAACGGGAUCUACAUCCCGGCCAAUACCAGCGUGAUGCUGAUGGGUUACGCUCUCCAGCACGACGAGACCUACUGGCCAGAUCCCGAGAAGUUUGACCCGGAGAGAUGGUCCCCGGAACAGAAAGCUGCGCGCCACCCAUACGUAUCAAUUCCGUUUGGCGCUGGUCCCCGGAACUGUGUGGGUAUGAGACUCGCGCAGUUGGAAGCCAAGAUGUCGGUUGUUGCUAUGUUACAAAGAUUCCGUUUUAUCCGAGCACCUGACACGGAGGUCCCGCUUAAGAUGAAAAAGGGUAGCUUCUUACUACCUGAAAAUGGCAUUAGACUGAGGAUAGAGUCACGCGAGAAGUAAUUAUUUCCAAGAAGUGCAUUUUUCCGGCCUAUGAAUACGUAUCUUCAUUACAUUUUAUACAUUUGGAAUGUUACCCCGAGCAGCUAUAUACUUACUCUUCUUAGGCAGAGCCCGUGGCCUUACAGUCUACCAACCUCUGCUGAAACACCGUGCAAAUCCUUGUACGGGGGAUCUGGAGAUCGCUAAUCCACCAAUGGAAAUAAACCUACUAACCCCGAG